GAAUAACUAAAAUCAGAGUAGAAUAAGUGGUCCUUACGCCCGUCCGAAAAAAGGAAUUAAUUCGGAACCCUUAAACGGCGCGUUCCAAUCUUUCCCGCCCUAAACUCUGUUUUCCCAAUUCCCGCCACACGCGCUGCCGACGGUGACAGAGCAAAGCCCUGCCGACGUCGGGAAAAUCUGAUGGAGGGCAACAUUCACAGCAAAGAGCUGGCGGCGUAUUUGCUGAACCACCACUCAGAGCAGCUUAGUUCCAUCAUUCUGUGUCCUGAUCCUCGACUUCACUAUUCCCUCUAUGUCGAUUUUGCAGAGAUAAUGGAUGACAAUCCAGCCCUUUCUCAGUUCAUUUUCGCUAAACCAACCGAGUAUUUACCGCUUUUUGAUGAGUCUGCCAUCUGGGCUCAGAAAGUUAUUUUGGCUGAUCUUAAACAAUGUGAAAACGCAAGCAUUAAGGACAACAUACAUGUUCGUAUUAAUAUCAGUGGUUCUCCUCUUGAAUGCCCUGAAACUUUUCCCAGCAUUGGCCGUGUUAGGGUGAAGCAUCGUGGGAUACUUCUUACUAUCAAAGGGACUGUGAUCAGGUCUGGAGCAGUGAAGAUGAUUGAAGGGGAAAGGAUAUAUGAGUGUCGGCGAUGUAAACACAGGUUCAAGGUUUACCCGGAGGUGGAAACAAGGAAUUCAAUUCCAAAACCAAUUUUUUGUCCCUCGCAGAAGUCGAAAAUUUGUGAAAGCACAAGUUUUCAGCUUGUAGAAGACAAUAAGAUCUGUCAUGAUUAUCAGGAGAUUAAAAUCCAAGAAAGUACCCAGGUAUUGGGUGUUGGGGCUAUUCCUCGCUCCGUUCCUGUCAUUCUGAAGGAUGAUCUUGUUGACAUGGUUAAAGCUGGAGAUGAUGUGAUUGUCACUGGGAUCUUAACUGCCAAAUGGUCCAUUGAUUUAAAAGAUGUUCGCUGUGACCUUGAUCCGGUACUAAUUGCCAACCAUGUAAGGAGAAUGAAUGAGCUGAAGUCAGAAAUAGAUAUCCCUGAUGAUGCUGUUCUGAAAUUCAAGCAGUUUUGGACUGAAUUCAAAGAUAUUCCUUUAAAGGGUAGGAAUGCGAUUCUACAAGGUAUUUGCCCACAGGUCUUUGGGCUUUUCACUGUUAAGCUUGCAGUGGCAUUGAUGCUUAUUGGAGGUGUCCAACAUGUUGAUGCUUCUGGAACAAAAGUUAGAGGAGAGUCUCAUUUGCUCCUUGUUGGUGAUCCUGGCACUGGGAAGUCACAGUUUCUGAAGUUUGCUGCUAAAUUGAGCAAUAGAUCUGUCAUUACGACUGGGUUGGGAAGCACUAGCGCUGGAUUGACUGUUACUGCAGUUAAAGAUGGAGGAGAGUGGAUGUUAGAAGCUGGUGCCCUUGUAUUAGCAGAUGGUGGUCUCUGUUGCAUUGAUGAGUUUGACAGCAUGAGAGAGCAUGACAGAGCAACCAUCCAUGAGGCAAUGGAGCAGCAGACUAUAAGUGUUGCAAAGGCUGGUCUUGUGACAACUCUCAGUACAAGGACAAUUGUCUUUGGCGCAACUAACCCCAAGGGGCAUUAUGAUCCUGAGCAGCCUUUAUCUGUUAAUACGACGCUCUCUGGUCCGCUACUGAGCAGAUUUGACAUAGUCCUAGUUCUCUUAGACACUAAAAACGCAGUCUGGGAUGCAGUUGUUUCUUCACACAUUCUUGCUGAGGCAGAAACCAAGAACCACGAUUGUGAAGAGGAUCUAGGGACUAUCUGGCCGCUUCCAAUGCUCAGAAGGUACAUCCAAUUUGUGAAGAGAUACUUUAGACCAGUCCUCACAAAGGAGGCAGAAAAGGUUAUCUCAAGCUAUUACCAACUGCAAAGAAGAUCUGCGACUCAAAAUGCAGCAAGAACAACUGUGCGCAUGCUGGAGAGUCUGAUAAGACUUGCCCAGGCACAUGCAAGAUUGAUGUUUAGAAAUGAGGUCACUAGAUUGGAUGCUAUCACUGCCAUCUUAUGCAUUGAGUCAUCUAUGACUACCUCGGCUAUAGUGGACAGCAUGGGGAAUGCAUUGCACUCCAAUUUUGCAGAAAAUCCUGACCAAGAAUAUGCCAAACAAGAAAGACUGAUCCUUGAGAGGCUGCGUCUCCUAGACGAAUUCCCUGAAGUAAUCAGCACUGGAUUAUCAACAUACGGAUAAAGUACAAUCUUUAUCCUAAGAACAGGUGGACAGUUCCUCCUUCACAUUGUGUGGCAUCACUCAUUGUAGCCGAAAUGAUCAAAAGAUUUUCCAUCCACGUCUUUGCCGAACUCUUGCACAUAAAACACUAACUGACAUAUGUAAUCAUCCUUUUCCAUGAGAUUUCAGUUGUCAAAAUCGCUUCUCAUUGCUGCCGACCAAGUCGAGAAACUCACCUUUCUUCCUGCUGCUUAAGCCUUGGUGAGAGAGCUACCCAGUACUUGUGAUGGCGAGAGGUUGCAUGUGUCUGGUGAAAUAGUCGAGGCAUGCACAAGUUGGCUCAGGCAUUACCAUCAUAGAAAAGAAUACACUUUUCUUGGCGCACUGGGAAUUCAAAUUGAUAGAUAUUGAAUAGUAAAUGUUUUGUGUGAGGACCUACCUAUCAGAAUCAAUUCAUUGCAGUUUUACUUGGUAUAUUUUGUCCAUGUUUCUACAUAUAUUUGGAGUAUGGUGAGUUGUGCCUCAGAGUUUCAGGAGAUUAUUGUGCUACCGGAGAUCUUUGAUUGCUGGCAAGAAACCAGAAGAUUUGGAUGUCUGUUCCUUUAUGUAUUGCUGUACAGUCGGGUAAGGAAGAAAUAGGAGGUGCUUUGAAGAUGAAAAGGAUCAUCCUCUCCCUGGUUAGCAUAGAUGCGUCCAAAACUUGUUCUAUUGGAAAAAGGGAACAUUGUACUGAUUUGAUAGACUUCUUAGCUUCUAUGAGAUUGUAGUGUAUAACAAGUCCAUUUUGUCAUUUCUGCAGCAUCACUCUGGUACUACUUAGUAAUAAAAAUCUUACCUUCAAAAA